UUGGCUCUUGGUGCAUUUAGAUCAGAAGCGGUAGAUGGGAAAAGCAGAUCUAAUCAUGCAAAGCUUCCUCUUGGGGUCAGCUUCUCGCCGAAGCACGGCUUGCCACUGUUUUCUGCACGACCGUUUGGAGGGAUAUUUUUCAGGAGGCUCAGACUUAUAGGACUGAACAGAGUGAAAAAUCCCCUCCAGAAUGAGGACAUGCGUGCUCUGUAUGUGAGCUGGCAGUCUUUUAGUGCUGAGAGCCCUGUAUGCCUCCAGUUUGUCGUUAUGACAGAAUAUUGCAUGCUGCUGCUUAAAACUGUGGAGUCAUAAAGCAAGAAUAGCUCAAAGGGCUUGCAUAAGCUGUUUUGUCUGGAAACUUAAUGGAAAGUGGGCUGACAGCACAGUCGGGGAUUGUCCCAUCUCCCUGCAGAAGGUAACUCUCCUAAUAAGGUUACUGCGCUUUUAAAAACAAGAAGGAAAUAAAGUGCACAUGCUGGAGGUGUGGUUUGUGCUCUCGCAUUCGUGCUGCUGGUGUUUCCACGACUGCAUGCUCCGAUUCUGCAAAGAGGCUCAAAGGCUGAUCCUGCUGAGAGCCCCUGAGAGACCCAACUCUAUGGGAACUGAGACCACUUGACUGCGUUCAGCACCCUUCAGGAUCCGGUCCUAGGAAAUGUUCAAAGGCGCCAAGGGAGAAUCGCCUGAGAUUUGAAGCGAAGACAAAGGUAGCGGGCACUAAAUGAGAAUAUGGCCAAUGGCAUUGAAGAUCUUAUCGGGAUCCCAUUCCCGAACCACAGCAGUGAAGUCUUAUGUGGUUUAAAUGAGCAGCGACAUGACGGUCUCCUCUGCGAUGUCAUCCUCAUUGUACAGGACCAGGAGUACCGGACUCAUCGGUCUGUCCUUGCUGCCUGCAGCAAGUACUUCAAAAAACUAUUCACUACCAGCACUUUAACAGACCAGCCCUAUGUUUACGAGAUUGACUUUGUCAAGCCUGAAGCACUUUCUGCCAUCCUCGAGUUUGCCUACACCUCAACCCUCACCAUCACCACCUCAAAUGUCAAGCACAUCCUCAGCGCUGCCAAGAUGUUGGAGAUUCAGUGUAUUAUCAACGUAUGCCUUGAAAUCAUGGAGCCUGACAGAGAGGCGGAAGAGGAAGAUGACAAAGAGGACGAAGAUGAUGACGAAGAUGAAGAUGAAGAUGAGGAGGAAGAGGAGGAGGAGGAGGAGGAAGUGGAGGAUUUUGUCAAUCAGGAGAACCUAAAUGAUGUCCAAGAAGUAAGCUGUCACCAAAGCCCUUCUAAGUCUGAUCUUACCGAAGAAGCGUAUACGGAAGCACCUAAAGACUUUCCAAAUCACUAUCCAGCCAAUAACUCGUCUGGACACUUGGGUGUGAUACGAGACUUCUCCAUCGAGUCCUUGCUAAGGGAGAACUUGUACCCUAAGGCAAACAUCCCAGAAAGGAGGCCAGCUCUCUCUCCCUUCACCCCCAGCUUCUUUCCCCACCUCUGGAACGGUGAUUUUAGCUCCUUUUCCCAGCUCGAAGAGCCACAAGUAGACAAUGGCCCUUUGGAUCUGGUGAUCAAAAAGAGGAAGAUCAAGGAAGAGGAGGAGAAGGAAGACCUGCCUCCACCUCCUUUCCCUAAUGACUUCUUCAGCGACAUGUUUACCAACACCCCAGCAGCUCCCUUAGGGCAUAUUAAAGCAGAGACUGACUAUAGCGCUUAUCUCAAUUUCCUAAGUGCAACCCAGUUUGGAGGAGUUUUUCCUCCAUGGCCCCUGGAGGAAGAGAGGAAGAUAAAGCCCAAGGCAUCCCAGCAGUGUCCCAUCUGUAACAAAGUCAUCAUGGGGGCCGGAAAGCUGCCCCGGCACAUGAGGACCCACACAGGAGAGAAGCCGUAUAUGUGCAAUAUCUGUGAAGUCCGCUUUACCAGGCAGGACAAGCUCAAGAUCCACAUGCGGAAGCACACGGGCGAGCGGCCCUACCUCUGCAUCCACUGCAACGCCAAGUUCGUGCACAACUACGACCUGAAGAACCACAUGCGCAUCCACACGGGCGUGCGGCCCUACCAGUGCGAGUUCUGCUACAAGAGCUUCACGCGCUCCGACCACCUCCACCGCCACAUCAAGCGCCAGAGCUGCCGCAUCGCCCGGCCCCGGCGCGGCCGCAAGCCGGCGGCGUGGCGGGCCGCCAGCCUGCUCUUCGGCCCCGGCGGCCCGCCGGGCGAGAAGGGCUUCGCCGUGCCGCCGGCCCUGCAGGAGAUGGGCGGCCACCUCGGCGGCGGGCCCGUGUGCCUGCCCGGCCCCAGCCCCGAGCGCUUCCUCGGCGGCGCCAAGGACGCGUUCAGCCUGCAGGAGCUCGAGAGCCGCUUCGAGGAGACCCAGCUGAAGCUGCUGAGGCGAGCCCAGCUGGACAUGGAGAGGAACGCGGGCCUCUUCGCCUUCGCCCUGGGCCGCAACGACGACCUCGCGGCCCAGCCCUUCUUCCCGCUGCCCGACCCGUGGAGCGCGGGCUUCAGCGGCCUGGCGGGGCUGGCGCACGUGGCCCCCAUCUCCGAGGCGGGCAACUAAACCGGCCCCGAGAGGGCUCCGCUGCCCGCCGCAGGGCCGCCCGCCGCUUCGCCGCGCGCCCGCCCGCUCCCGCCAAGCGAGCCGCGCCCGUGCCGCCGCCGGGGCCGCCGCUGCCCCGGGCGCUCCUGGAAGCGCCGCUUGCCUUAGCCCCGCGGCCGUCUCCGCCGGACGGCUCUCGCGGGGAGGCCUCGGCCGCCCGCCGGGCGCGGACGAGCCGUCCGGACUGCCUUUUGAUACGUUGCGUUCCUCGGCCCUUUUGGUCAACAGGACUUUUUUGGGGGGGUUUGGGUUGUGUUUUUAACCCCGCGUCCAGCAACGCGAUUUGCUCCGGGAGCUGGGAGAAGAAAGAAGAAGAGGCUGAAUAUCAUGCAGGAGCGAAGCCGGGGGGGAAUUUGGGUUAUUUUGGUUCCAUUCCGACAUUGCCGAAGGGGAACCAAACCCCAUCCCGAGCGUUUUAACCGCAGCCGCUUAAAAAGAAAAUGUGAAGAUGUAAAGAAAAUUUUUUUUUCUGGAAGGAUGGGAAAUGUUUCGAUUCUGAGCUUUUUUUUUUUUCUUUUUUUAACCCUCGCUUUGCGAAAAUACAGCACGCGGGGAAUUUUGACAUGAAAAAGCCGGUUCAAACCAAAGAGGCAGAACAGCUCCCUCAGCUUCACGCCCGCUGACCGUUUUGAAAUGUCCGGCUAUUUGUCCUUAAUUCCUCCCCCACCUCCAAAUUAUAUAUAUUUCGGUGACAGAAAUUUGCAACGCACUUUUGGGUGUCACCAAAGCUGCAAUUUUGAUUGGGAAAAAAAAAAAAAAAAAAGCUUUGCGGCAGUUUUCGUGUCUCAGGGGACCUUCGUGGAAGAGGCUUCCACUAAAGAUCCCCCCGAAAACGUGUGUCACCGAGCGCCAGGGCACCCCGAGCCCUUAUUGCUCCCCAAUUCCCUCGAGGCCAAGAAGCGGCAGGUUGGCUGGAUUCGCCCCGCGAGCCUCGCUCAGCCCAGCAGCCGCAGCGGAGCGCCUUGGCCUUCAAGAAGUGGGUUAGGAGAGGAAGGCUUGCCAGACAUAACACCAGAGCUCAAAAAAUGUAAAUGUUAAAAAUUAGGGCUUUUUUUUCUUUUUUUUGAAUUUCUCUCUUUACUGUUUUAUUUCCACAUCAGCAGAAUCAAAGGGGACGAGAGAACCGGAGGGUUUUUUUUUUUUAAUUUUGGGUUUAUCCAUUGCUGGUGCUGCUCUGAAGCCACGGCUGAGCGGGGGUCUCGUUUUUGGCGUCGGCGGGCGCAACGAGUCCACGCUUGGACGUGGCACCUCCCCGCCGGGACAGGAGCGAGUACUCGCUGUUCGGAGAAAUCACCGAAACGACUGAUCCCAGUGAACUGCCCGACACUAGCUUUCCCCUCCCAAAAACUCUGUGUGCAACAAACCAGUGGAGAAAAAGAAAAAGAAUAAAAGAAAACUUUUUAAAACUGCAUCAAACUUUUUUUUUUUUUUAAAUCUGUAUCGACUUCUUAUACAAACUCCAUUUUGCAGCUGACUGGUUACUUCAGGUGUUUUUUGUCUACAAUUUGGAGUCAUUGUAAAGUAUCCAAAGAUGCUGAGUACUGUAUAAUCUACAAGAACUUGAAGCAAGGUGGUUUUUUUGUCUCGAUUUGUUUGUUGGUUUGUUUUUGUUUGUUUUUUUUUUUCCUAUUUGUCUAUGGGGGAAAACCUUUGCAAUUUUUCUAUUUAUAACUAUUUUUAUGUGAUUGCUUUAUGUACAAAACAAUGGAAAAAAAAAACAAAAAAGGAGAGAGAGCGACAA